ACCAAGAGGACGCUGCAGUGAGGCCCUAGGCCACGUCCGAGGGGUGCCUCCGAUGGGGGAAGCCCCUCCCUCGGGGUCACCGGAGCCAUGCUGUCCCGCAAGGGCAUCAUCCCCGAGGAGUACGUGCUGACACGCCUGGCAGAGGACCCUGCCGAGCCCAGGUACCGUGCCCGCCAGCGGAGGGCCCGCUUUGUGUCCAAGAAAGGCAACUGCAACGUGGCCCACAAGAAUAUCCGGGAGCAGGGCCGCUUCCUGCAGGACGUGUUCACCACGCUGGUGGACCUCAAGUGGCCACACACAUUGCUCAUCUUCACCAUGUCCUUCCUGUGCAGCUGGCUGCUCUUCGCCAUGGCCUGGUGGCUCAUCGCCUUCGCCCACGGUGACCUGGCCCCCAGCAAGGGCACUGCUGAGCCCUGUGUCACCAGCAUCCACUCCUUUUCGUCUGCCUUCCUUUUCUCCAUUGAGGUCCAAGUGACUAUUGGCUUUGGGGGGCGCAUGGUGACUGAGGAGUGCCCGCUGGCCAUCCUGAUCCUCAUCGUGCAGAACAUCGUGGGGCUCAUGAUCAACGCCAUCAUGCUUGGCUGCAUCUUCAUGAAGACUGCCCAAGCCCACCGCAGGGCUGAGACCCUCAUCUUCAGCAAGCAUGCGGUGAUCGCCCUGCGCCACGGCCGCCUCUGCUUCAUGCUGCGUGUGGGUGACCUCCGCAAGAGCAUGAUCAUCAGCGCCACCAUCCACAUGCAGGUGGUACGCAAGACCACCAGCCCCGAGGGCGAGGUGGUGCCCCUCCACCAGGUGGACAUCCCCAUGGAGAACGGCGUGGGUGGCAACAGCAUCUUCCUGGUGGCCCCGCUGAUCAUCUACCAUGUCAUCGAUGCCAACAGCCCACUCUACGACCUGGCACCCAGUGACCUGCACCACCACCAGGACCUCGAGAUCAUCGUCAUCCUGGAAGGCGUGGUGGAAACCACGGGCAUCACCACCCAGGCCCGCACCUCCUACCUGGCCGAUGAGAUCCUGUGGGGCCAGCGCUUUGUGCCCAUUGUAGCUGAGGAGGACGGACGCUACUCUGUGGACUACUCCAAGUUUGGCAACACCAUCAAAGUGCCCACACCACUCUGCACGGCCCGCCAGCUUGAUGAGGACCGCAGCCUACUGGAAGCUCUGACCCUCGCCUCAGCCCGCGGGCCCCUGCGCAAGCGCAGCGUGCCCAUGGCCAAGGCCAAGCCCAAGUUCAGCAUCUCUCCAGAUUCCCUGUCCUGAGCCAUGGUCUCUCGGGCCCCCCACACGCGUGUGUACACACGGACCGUGUGGUAUGGUAUGUAGCCCAGCCAGGGCCUGGUGUGAGGCUGGGCCAGCCUCAGCUCAGCCUCCCCCUGCUGCUCAUCCAGGGUGUUACAAGGCACUUGUCACUAUGCUAUUUCUGGCCUCAGCAGGAACCUGUACUGGGUUAUUUUUGUCCCUGCUCCUCCCACCCCAAUUCAGGACUGGCUCACCCCUCUCCCCCGCCCAAGGCUGCAGAGGCUGUGGGAGGUACUGGGCCCUAGAGCUGUGUGUCCAGCCAGUCCUGGGUCCCCACGAUUGACCAGCCACACUCUGGGCCGGUGGCUGGGGAAGAACAAUCCCCUGAGGGCUGCUGCUUUGCGUCUGUGGCUCCAAGAAGUGCCUGUGGUCAGGCCCCAGCUCUCCUUGGUCCCUGAAAAAGGACCCGGCUAAGGGCUGGGCCUGGCCAGCAGGGAGGGCAGUUGAUGAGAGAGCGUGUUCCCGCUGGAGGGUUGGUGCUGUGGAGCCUACACCGGCAGCGACAGCCUGGGGCUGACAGGGCUCCCCUCCGAGGGCCAGUUUCAGGUCUGGAAGGGGAGGAAGCAGGGGAAGGUGACCUGAGGAGGCUCGGCUUUGUAGAGCCCCGCUCAGGCACAGGGAGGAGGAGAUGCCAGGGCUCCUGCCUUUUGCCACAUCGGCCUCCUGCAGUGAGGGCUCUGUGGGCUGGGGCUGCUGCCCCUGCCUACCUCCUGCCUGUCCCCAGAGGCUGAGGAGAGGGGGUACUGUGCCCACCACACAUGAUUAGGCCUCAGACCCAGCUCUGGUCCUGGCUCCGUGACAGUGGCUGCCAUUCACUUUGUCCAGAAGGUGGCUUGGGGGUGGGUGUCUUUGGGUUGCUGGAAAAGGUGUGGGAAGGUUCAGGAUGGUGGGAGGGAGUGAGGUCCCUGAGGUGAAGAGGCCCUUGGUCCUGACGGGUUUGACCCGUGCCUGGACCCUAGAACUCAGCCUUCUCCGUUGUCAAUAAAGCCUCCCCCUCAUGACCUAAACUCUGGGCUUUUCUUGCUGGGGAGGCAGCAAGCAUGCUGGUGGGAAGGGAGGCAGGGACUGGCAGCUGCCACCCCCUUCAAGAGGCGCCAUAGACCCUAGCAGGGAGGGCAGGGGAGGGACGGAAGGCUGGCACCUCUUCCACCAGUUCAGGGGGACUUUCCCCUCUCCUGCCUCAGGUGGCCCAGCCCUGUCAGCCUGUCUGGCCAACUCAGCCUUUGGGCACUCACCAGGCUUUGCAGCCCUGGGCUCUGUCUCUACUCCCAGGGACCUGCUGGAAGGCUGGAGUGCCCAGGGAGAGGUGUAGAGGUGUCAUAGGCAUUAGUGUAGUAAUUGGAGCACUAACUCUCAAGCCAACUGCCUGGGUUCGAAUCCUGGCUCUAGCUGUAUGACUUUUGUCAAGUAACUUAGCCUCUCUGUGUCUCAGUUGCCUCUUCUAUAACAUGGAUGCUAAUAGUACCUACCUCAUAGAAUUGUUUUGGAAGUAAAUGAAAAAUAUGUAAAAUGCUGAAGUGCCUGGUCUACAGUAAGUGCUCAAUAAAUGUUAACUAUUGUGA